UUUUUUUUCUUUUCCCGGACAAAUUUCAUUUCUUUAAUUUUUCUUCUUCUUCUUCUUCACUUUAUUUAUUCCAUGCUUGCAACAACUCAACUAUCAAACUCAAGAUCUAAUAGAGUUAUUGAAGAACUUCAAGAUACUUGGGAAAUAUUACAAAAAGAUAUGAUAUCUACUAAAGUUCAGUUAGAAAGUCUUCGAGAAGCAAAAAUAAAAAAUGAAAAUGAUGGCAAAGAAUAUGUUCAAUCUAAUCAAGAAUGUAGAACUCAUAUUCAAGAAUUAAUGGAACUUUUAGAAACCAAAGAAGAAGCACUGGAUUAUACCAAAAAACAAUCUCAAGAAUUAGAAGCUCAAGUCAAACAACUCAAAGACGAUGCUUUAAUGUCACGUAAAACAUUAGACGAACUCAAGAAAAAGGAAACUCAAUUAGGUCAGGAUCGGGAUGCUGCUGUACUUGCUAAACUUAGAGUGAAACAACAACAAAAGAUAUUGGAACAGUCUUUACAAGAUCUCGAUAAAAGAUAUCAACAUGAACAACAAUGUUUGAAAAAAGAGCUUAUCUCUAUAAAAAAACAAUUGGAACAAACUUUACUUCGGAAUCAAUGGUUUGCUGAUAUUAUAAUCAAUCAUGUGGAAAAUGAAACUGAAACUCGACAACAAUGGAUAUCUCAAGUCAACAUUCAACAACAACAACAAAUCAGAACAACUCAAUUAUUUGUAGAUAGAAUCAAGGCAGAAUUACAAACUUUAUUAGAUAGCAUAGAACUUGGUAAUCAAAAUGAAAAGAAAGAUAUGGAUCAGGAAGUUAAAUUAUGUCAAGAUGAAGUCAGUGGUUUAGUACAACGUAUACAAUCUUAUUCUUUAGUCCUUCAAUGAACCUUUUUUUUUUUUUUGAUUCCCCUUUUUCUAUCUCCUUUCUUCUCCUCAUUUAUCAUACUUGUUUUUAUUGAUAAUUUUUUUUAGAUUAUCAUUAUUACCUUUUAUAUAUAUAUAUCAAUAUUUAUAUAUUUAUGACUUCAUUAAUAAAGAC